AUGUUUCCAUCAGUAAGGCGUGCUACAUCCGUCGUUAACUUUGCUAAAGUUAGUGAAAAGCUUACUCCCCAACACGCAGCUGAAUUCCAAAAAUUGAAGGCUAUCAAUUCUACUGUUAGCGCCACCGUAAAUGAGCUUCCAGCAACUUUACCAAAAAUUGAUUUUACCGAUCUUAAAAAAAAAAUGCCAGGAUAUGCCUCAAUUCUUGAUUCUCUUCAAAAACAAUAUGAAACUAUAAAAAUUCCAAAAGGAACUAUUCCAGAGGAAUAUAAUAAACAAAUUAAUGAAUUCACUGCAUUCAAUGAGGCUCGUAUAAAAAUUCACAACGAAAAAACUGCCAUUGGUUCUGAGGAGGCUAAAAAAGUUGAGGAUAAAUGGUCCAAAGCUCCACCAGUUGAGCAUUUUGAUCGCCAAAUGUUCCCUGAAUAUUUCCCACAAAUCUUCUACGAUCUUCGUGUUGACAAACGUUUACCUGAUCCAUGUAAUCUUGGAAUUAACAAUGAGCCAUCAAUUCAAACAAGAUUUAGAGACUACAAAGUUCUUACCCGUCCUGACAAAGUUGAAGACCAUUAG